AACUAUCGCUGGAAUUUACCAUGGUCCUUUAUAUGUCAUCUAAAGCAAGAACAGCAGCAAAACUCCCAGAACAUGACAUCAGCUACUGAUUUUGACCAUUUGGAGAUUCAGCAGCAGUACAGCCGGAUCAAUGCUCGCUGGGAUGCCUCUGAUGAUGAGCUGGACAAUGACAACAGUUCUGCCAGGCUCUUCGAGAGAUCCCGCAUCAAAGCUCUGGCAGAUGAGCGGGAAGCUGUACAGAAGAAAACCUUCACCAAAUGGGUGAACUCUCACCUGGCACGUGUAACCUGUCGCAUUUCUGAUCUCUACCAGGACCUCCGAGAUGGCCGGAUGCUAAUCAAACUGCUGGAAGUGCUUUCUGGAGAGCUGCUGCCUAAGCCCACCAAGGGGCGAAUGCGAAUCCACUGCCUGGAGAAUGUGGACAAGGCUUUGCAGUUCCUCAAGGAGCAACGUGUGCAUCUAGAGAACAUGGGAUCUCAUGACAUUGUUGAUGGCAAUCACCGUUUGGUGUUGGGUCUCAUCUGGACAAUUAUCUUGCGCUUCCAGAUCCAAGACAUCAUUGUUCAGACUCAAGAAGGCCAGGAGACCCGCUCUGCAAAAGAUGCAUUGUUACUGUGGUGUCAGAUGAAAACUGCAGGCUAUCCUCAUGUAAACGUCACCAAUUUCACCUCCAGCUGGAAGGAUGGAUUGGCUUUCAAUGCCCUUAUUCAUAAGCACAGGCCUGAUCUGAUUGACUUUGAGAAACUGAAACACUCAAAUGCUAGGCACAACUUGGAGCAUGCUUUUAGCGUGGCAGAGCGGCAACUUGGCAUCACUCAACUUCUUGAUCCAGAAGACGUCUUUACAGAGAACCCAGAUGAGAAAUCCAUCAUCACCUAUGUAGUUGCUUUCUACCACUACUUCUCCAAGAUGAAGGUACUUGCCGUUGAAGGGAAGAGAGUUGGAAAGGUAAUGGACCAUGCAAUGGAGACUGAGAAGAUGAUUGAUAAGUACAGUGGCUUGGCUUCAGACCUGCUGAUGUGGAUAGAACAGACCAUUGCUAGUCUCAAUAGCCGCAAGUUUGCUAAUUCUCUGGCAGGCGUGCAGCAGGAGCUCCAAGCCUUCAGUACAUACCGCACAGUGGAAAAACCACCCAAAUUUCAAGAAAAAGGGAACCUGGAAGUCUUGCUGUUUACCAUCCAGUCAAGAAUGCGAGCCAACAAUCAGAAAGUGUAUACUCCUCAUGAAGGAAAACUAGUAUCUGACAUCAACAGGGCUUGGGAGAAGUUGGAAAAGGCAGAGCAUGAGCGAGAGCUGGCACUGAGAAAUGAGCUUAUUAGGCAGGAGAAGCUAGAGCAACUCGCCCGACGUUUUGAUCGCAAGGCAGCAAUGCGGGAGACAUGGCUUAGUGAAAACCAGCGCCUUAUUGAACAGGAUAACUUUGGAAAUGACUUGCCAGCUGUAGAGGCAGCAAAGAAGAAGCAUGAAGCUAUUGAAACUGACACAGCUGCCUACAAGGAACGCAUCCAAGCUAUAGAGGAGGUGGCAAAGGAGUUGGAGAUGGAGAAUUACCAUGACAUUAAGCGCAUUAUUGCUCGCAAGAACAACAUCCUGAGGCUCUGGGAGUACCUUCUAGAGCGGCUUCAGGCUCGGCGCAGAAAGCUGGAGAUGCAUCUUACACUACAGCAGCGGUUCCAAGAUAUGCUGCAUCUUAUUAACUGGAUAGAUGAUAUGGAAGUAAAACUCUCAUCUCCUGAAUUUGGGAAACACCUGUUGGAAGUGGAAGAUCUUCUUCAGAAGCAUAAGUUGAUGGAGGCUGAUAUGGCCAUCCAGGCUGAGAAGAUCCAUGCUGUCAUUGCAGAUGCCCUUAAAUUUGCCAGUGGAGAUGGUUAUCAGCCAUGUGAUCCACAGGUGAUACGAGAUAGAGUAAAUCACCUUCAGCUGCGCCAGCAAGAAUUAGUGGCAUUGGCUGCACACAGGAAAGCUUGCCUGGAACAGUCCAAGCGCCUUGAAAAGUUCUUUUGGGAACUGGAUGAAGCUGAAAGCUGGAUUAAGGAGAAAGAGCAUAUAUAUUCUGCCUUGGAUUAUGGGAAGGACCUGACCAGCAUUCUCAUCUUGCAGAGGAAACAUAAGGCAUUUGAGGAUGAGCUUCGUGGCUUGGGAACCCACCUGCAGCAAACAAUCACAGAGGGAGAAACCAUGAUUGCUCAAAAACACUUUGAAGCACCUAAAAUAUGCAAUAGAAUUAAGGAUGUGAAAGCCCUCUGGGCUCAGCUACAGGAACUAGCUGCUUUCCGCAAGAAGAACUUGCAAGACGCUGAGAGCUUCUUUCAGUUCCAGGUGGAUGGAAAUGACUUGAUGGCCUGGCUCCAGGAUGCCAAUCGCCUGGUGUCCAGCGAUGAUGUGGGGCAUGAUGAGUAUUCCACUCUAGCCCUGGUAAAAAAGCACAGGGACCUCUUAGAUGAAGUAGCAGCCAACAAGAAAGUGAUAGACAAUUUGAACAGGCAAGCACAGAGCUUUCCCACAGAAUUCCGGGACUCUCCAGGAUUCGAGGAUACACUGAAGGCCAUCCAGGCAAUGUACAGUGAAGUUGUGUCUUUAGCAGAUCUGCGCAGACAGAAGCUACAAGAUGCCCUGGAUCUGUACACAGUUUUCAGUGAGACUGAUGCAUGUGAGCUUUGGAUGAGUGAGAAGGAGAAGUGGUUGGAGCAAAUGGAGAUUCCUGAUACUCUGGAAGAUUUGGAUGUUGUGCAGCACAGGUUUGAUAUUUUGGAGCAGGAGAUGAACAAUCUGGCUUCUCAGAUUGAAGGAGUCAACCGAGCUGCCUUUAGCCUAAUAGAAAGCGGCCAUCCCCGCAGUGGAAAAGUGAGGCAGUGCCAAGAGCAUCUGAAUGCUCG